AUGGGAACACAGAAUCGCCCCACAGCGCCAAGACGCGCCAAGACAGUUCUGUUAGUUGCAUGUGGCACAUCACGUGCAUCACGCGACAAUGAACUCCACAUAACAUCGGCCCGAUACAAGGCUCUCGAGAUGUUGAAGAAGAUAGCAUCCCUAGUCAAGCCGAUAAUGCGCAAGCAUGGAUGGGUCCUCCCUGUUCUCUCAGAAUUCUUCCCAGACCAGCAGAAUUUGCUCGGGCUUAAUGUGAACAUGGGACAGAAUAUUCUGGUCAGAUUGAGACCUGCCCAUUCCCCAGACUGGUUUCUUCCUCUUGAAGAGGUGGUCCAGACGAUGCUUCACGAACUUACACACAAUGUUCACGGACCCCACGACGACAAGUUCUACAAGUUUCUCGCGGGCCUACAGGAUGAAUAUGACGCUCUGCAGCGCUCAGGGUAUGCAGGCGAGGGAUUCUAUUCUGAGGGCAGGCGUCUCGGAAUCAGUGUCUCCCAUAAUGUUCCCCAGCACAUGGCGCGAUCCAAAGCACUUGAAGCAGCCGAGAAACGCCUACAGACUUCUCGGGUGUUAGGGAGUGGAGGGAGACUUGGAGGAGCAACAAGAAAUUCAAACUUGAGUCCGAGGGAAUUGGCCGCACGAGCCGCCGAGCAAAGGUUACGCGACGAAAAGUCGUGUGCAUCUGGCGCUGUUGCUCGACGUGAAGCGGAGAAGGCCGCACAGGAGAGCGUAGAGAGUAAGGUCAUUGACCUGACUUUGGACGACGACGACGACUAUCCCGUAGUGGGGUCGGACGAUGAUAUCGUCAUUGUAAAGGAUGUGCAUCCGAAGCAGGGUGUUUCGGCCAACUCUUCGAGGGUGAAGUCACAAAUCCCCAAAACACUGUCAAGUGGACCCGUCCGGUCGUUGAAACCACAAAAUCAAUCUACAUCGAAAUCAUCCAACAAGUCCGACGAUCUCAGGUCAAAGCCGUAUCCGGUUCGACCAAAACAGCCACAUCCUACGAAGUCUAUGCGACGCUUGCGGGAUGCGUAA